AUGUUCACCACACCCGUAACUACAAGCUCACUGUACUGCUCUCAAGCCACUGCAACAUCAACUCCCUCAAAUUUUGUGCCAUCUCCUCAUGAGCUGGUGGGAUCAGAUGGUGAAGAGCAGGAGGAUCCAUCCCACUACUGUAGAGGAGGAUAUUAUCCGGUGCGAAUUGGAGAAAUAUUAAAUGACCGUUAUCAAGUGCUCAGGAAGCUUGGGUGGGGCCACUUCUCUACUGUAUGGCUCUGCUGGGACAUUCAAAGGAUGUGUUUUGUGGCUCUGAAGAUAGUUAAGAGUGCCCCAAGCUACACAGAGACAGCUUUGGAUGAGAUUAGGCUGCUGAGAUGUGUGCAAAAAAGUGACCCUUCAGAUCAAGCGAGAGAGACCAUUGUGCAACUGAUAGAUGAUUUUAAAGUGACAGGGGUCAAUGGAGUGCAUGUGUGCAUGGUGCUGGAGCUGUUGGGACCUCAACUGCUGAAGUGGAUCAUUAAGUCUAACUACACAGGCCUUCCUGUGGGCUGUGUGAAGACCAUCCUCAGACAGGUUCUACAGGGCUUGGAUUACUUGCAUUCAAAAUGCAAGAUCAUCCACACAGAUAUUAAACCAGAGAACAUAUUGAUGAGAGUGGGUGAUGAUGUGAUCCAGCGGAUGGCGGAUGAAGUGAGGCUUUGGCAGCAGGGAAGGUCAUUUGACCCCGUUAUCCCCUCAGUACCCAGAAUGGAAGAUAUGUCAGGUAAUCCUCUGAAACCUGAUAAUGCAGAUAAAAUCAGCGUGAAAAUCGCAGAUCUUGGCAAUUCCUGCUGGGUGCACAAACACUUUACAGAAGACAUCCAGACCUGUCAGUACCGCUCCAUAGAGGUCCUGAUUGGAGGAGAGUAUGGCACACCUGCUGAUAUAUGGAGCACUGCUUGCAUGGCAUUUGAGUUAGUCACCGGAGACUACUUGUUUGAUCCUCAGUCAGGAGAGAAUUAUACUCGAGAGGAAGAUCACAUUGCCCACAUUAUUGAGUUAAUUGGUCCCAUUCCGUUGCACUUUGCGCUCUCAGGGAAAGAAUCUCACCGAUACUUCAGCCAUAAAGGUGUACUGAGGCAUAUCUCUAAACUGAAGCCCUGGGGCUUGUGUGAGGUUCUGCAGGAGAAAUAUUCUUGGCCCCAUGAGGAGGCGGUUCAGUUCAGUGACUUUCUCCUGCCCAUGCUGGAGCUGCUCCCAGAGAAAAGAGCCACGGCUGCCCAGUGUCUUCAGCAUCCUUGGCUCAACUCCUAG